CAUAGGCCGACGUACAGUCUGUCUAGGUUGUGGACAACUUAACUUCGUGCCUACCUAAACAACUAUUUUGUCCCGCCGCGACCUGCUAACAUGUCUUCCUCUUCUGCCCUAAAGUCUGUGUAUGUUGCCGUUGUCGGCGUCGGCCUCGUCGGUGGUGAAUUCAUCCAGCAACUCCUUUCCUUCCCAUCGCCAAACCAUUUCCGCAUCGUCUCGCUUUCGUCAUCCAAAACCUCCAUCUUUCAUCAUGAAGGUCUCGAAUUCCCGAAUGCAGACUGGAAGACGCAGCUGCAGACGUCGAGCACCGACCCGAGCUUGCCCAAGCUGCUGCAGGACCUCGCACGUCUCGUCAGACCGGGGGCGGACGUAGUGCUGGUGGAUAACACAUCCUCUGACGACAUCGCCGUGUUUUACCCGGAAGUCUUGAAGGCUGGGAUCAAUAUCAUCACCCCGAACAAGAAGGCGUAUUCUGCCGGGUUGACGUUGUACGAGAAAAUUCUGGCGGCAAGCUUGGACAGCGGGGCACGAUUCUUGAACGAGGCGACUGUUGGUGCUGGGCUGCCCAUCAUCUCGACUUUGAAAGACCUGGUUGCUACCGGAGACAAGGUUACAAAAAUUGAAGGUGUCUUUUCGGGAACGAUGAGCUACAUCUUCAAUGAAUUUUCCACUGGAAAAGCAGGAGGCCCUAGCUUUUCGUCCGUUGUCAGCGUUGCCCGCGAGAAGGGUUAUACGGAACCGCACCCCGCAGAUGAUUUGAACGGCGCGGAUGUGGCGCGGAAGCUCACCAUCUUGUCCCGUAUCAUCCCUUCUCUGCGGUCUGCUCUCCCAGAAGGAUAUCAAUCCGUCAAAACUACUUCACUCGUUCCCACUGAGCUAGAGGGUGUCAAGACCGGUGAUGAGUUCGUCUCCAAGCUUCCGGCGUUCGAUGAUCACUAUGACCAGAUGCGCACGGAGGCCACACGGGAGAACAAAGUGCUUCGCUUCGUCGGCGUCAUCGACGUCGAAUCCGGUCUUAUCAAAGCAGACUUGGAAAAAUAUCCUGAUACCCACCCAUUCGCCACCUCGCUAGGAGGUUCCGACAACAUCGUCAUGUUCCACACCGAACGCUAUGGUGCCAGACCGUUGAUUGUUCAGGGCGCGGGCGCGGGCGCAGCCGUUACAGCGAUGGGGGUUAUGAGCGAUUUGUUGAAACUCGUGUAAUUGAUAUCGAGAACAGCUGUAGCCUUAGUUCUGGAGAAGUAGUAAACAAUGGAGUGCGUUAAAUCAUUGCCUCUUGUCCGCAUUC